UUAUCUGUUCAUGGAUUGUUGAAUUUUGAAAUUAAUUAUUUUGUUUCCCAGAAGGUUUGACUUUGGAUAACAUAAUGGACACGUGCUUUGACAUUUAACUAUCUCCUCUCUCUCUUAAUUAUGGCAUGUUAUAGCAGUCACAAUUUUGGUCAAUACAUGAUUUUUUUGGAUGUCUAGAGUCAGAUUGCCUUAUUGAAUUUUUUUUUCCUUGCUUUAUAGCAGUCACAAUUUUGGUCAAUACAUGAUUUUUUUGGAUGUCUAGAGUCAGAUUGCCUUAUUGAAUUUUUUUUUCCUUGCUUUAUAGCAGUCACAAUUUUGGUCAAUACAUGAUUUUUUUGGAUGUCUAGAGUCAGAUUGCCUUAUUGAAUUUUUUUUUUCCUUGCUUUUGAACUUCUAUAAAGAUGAAUACCUGAGGGGAAAAACUAUAGCUAAUGAAGAAUUUAUGUAUUUCUCCUUUGUUCCAGGAAAUUGGAUAUUAUACAGGAUAACAAUGGAGGUGUUCCUUUUUUUUUUUUUUGUGGGUGUGUUAUUUAACUUCUAAUGACUCUUAUUCCAGUCAUCAUAUAAUGAAUUUUUCACAUGAAUUGUAUUUGUUUUAAUUUGUUAUAUCAAAGUUUGCAAUAUGUAUAAGAAUAUGCUUAUGCAGAAGAAUUGGUGUAGUUUACUGGGUCAAUAAGCUAAAUACUCGGGGGUUCUUUUUGAGUACCUGUAGCUUUCAAUUCAAGUCUUAUGUGGCUUUGUUUUUUGGUUUAUAUGUGUGGUGACUAUUUUGAAGUGAUUGGCUUCACACAUGGUGGAUGUUAUUAUCAUGCCAGAUCAUGUAAAGUGGCAUAUUCCUGGAGGAUUUUCUCAAUUUGUUUUGUUUAUGCUCUGGAUCCUUAAGCUACUUUGUCCAGUUGUUUAUUUGACAGUGACCUAAAUCUCACAUGGGGCUUGAACCAAGGGCCAAGGAGUAAGGUUCUUUUAGUUGGAACCGCUACAUUAAACCUCUCGGAAUAUGCUUCAACAGCUAAGGAGAAAGAAGCUGAAAUUGCUGUUCCUUUAACAGUUCACAAUGGCACCGUUGAGGGCACUCCCUUGCUUCAUUUGUCUCUCAGGUUGAUGGAAUUGAGAACUAUUCGAGAACCUCUACAAGCAGUGCAGAGAGUGAUAGAGACUGCCCCAUCAUCACCCUCAUCUCUUGAAACUCUAUCACCAAGGAGAGAUGAACUUUCUGUUCUUAAAGCAGGUUUGAGAAAAGUGAAAAGCCUCCAAGUGAGAAAAAAGGCUUGUCACAAAGAGAACAGUAAUGAUAGGUGCUGUAACAGAAUCGAAGAUCAUGAGGACAACUACCCAUUUGAUACAGAUUCACUCGAUGAUGAUGCUGAGGGGGAAUCGGAGGAGAGCAACGGGGAUCCUAGUGCCCAGCUGUCAUUCAAUUAUGAAACAUUGGCGCAUGCAAACAAGGCUGGAGGAUCAUUUCAUUCAAUUUCUAUAACUAAUGGUGAAGAUGAGAGUUGGAUAUACUAUAACCAUUGUAAACCGGAUAUGGGAUCUUUGUAUGUCGAAUACCCAACUGCAUCAGACCAUGAACAAUCUUCGAAACAGAGUUCAAAACUUGGAAUCUUAGCUUGGAGGAAAAGAAAACUGAGCUUUAUAUCCCCUAAGCCUAAAUCUAAAGGCGAGCCUCUCUUGAAAAAGGAUUGUGGAGAAGAGGGUGGUGACGACAUUGAUUUUGAUCGCAGGCAGCUUAGCUCCUCUGAUGAGUCCAGUUUUGGGUGGAAUAAAUCGGAAGAAGGUUCGACUACUAGUAGAUCAUCAUUCACCGAAUUUGGGGGCGACAAUUUUACUGUAGGCAGCUGGGAGACAAAAGAAGUAAUAAGCCGUGACAGGCACAUGAAGCUCCAAGCACAGGUCUUUUUCGCUUCAAUUGAUCAGAGGAGUGAGCGAGCUGCUGGUCAAAGUGCCUGUACGGCACUGGUUGCUUUCAUUGCUAAUUGGUUGCAGUCUAACCGAUAUGAAGUGCCAAUCAAGUCUGAAUUCGACUGCUUGAUCAGAGAUGGAUCUUUAGAGUGGAGAAAUCUCUGUGAGAAAGAGGACUAUAGACAACGAUUUCCUGACAAGCACUUUGACCUUGAGACAAUUCUUCAAGCUCAAAUUUGUCCUCUUUCAGUUGUCCCAGAAAAGUCCUUCAUUGGAUUCUUCCAUCCAGAAGGCCUAGAAGGAGAUUUUGACUUCCUUCAUGGCGCAAUGUCCUUUGACAGUAUUUGGCAGGAGAUUAGUCAUCAUGGGUCAGACUGGUCUAACAAUUCUGACCCUUUGGUCUACGUUGUAAGUUGGAAUGACCACUUUUUUGUCCUCAAGGUUGAACGGGAUGCCUACUAUAUCAUUGACACACUGGGAGAGAGGCUUUAUGAGGGAUGCAAUCAAGCCUAUGUCCUAAAAUUUGACAAAGAUACGACAAUCCAGAAACUACCAAAGGAAACUAAAGGAUCAGAUGAAAAAACUGUUGGCAACAAAGUGCAACCAAGCAGCUCCAAGGAAAAAACUCCAGCUGAUAGGAAUCUGCCAUCAAUUCCAAACGAGGGAGAAAAGACUCCGAUGGAAGAAGAGAUUGUGUGUAAAGGAAAGGAGUCAUGCAAGGAAUAUAUCAAGAGUUUCUUGGCUGCAAUCCCUUUAAGGGAAUUGCAGGCUGAUAUCAAGAAGGGUUUGAUGGCAUCAACACCCCUUCACCAUCGACUUCAAAUUGAGUUCCACUACACCCAGCUAACGCUACCCGUAGAUGAAAAUUCAUCAAGAGAUGUAACUGUUUGCUGAUACACCGGCUGCAUCGGCUGUUAUCAUGUUGAAUACCUCCUAUAGAGUUGAGUUCCUACAAUCUUCUCUAAAUUUGAUUACUCUAGCCCCCUCCCCUCUGCAAUAUAUGGUUUUUUAGGAAAUAAUUAGGCUGACACAGCCAUCUAGUGAUUUGUUUUCGAGGUUCUUUGUAUAUUCCAAAUGUAGUUUUCGGACCAGGAAUGUAACUAUCUUCCUUUUUUUACGACGGAUAAUAACCAACUCCCUAUAGUAAUUUCCAUGCAUAAUGUCGCAUACAGCUUCAUUAUUUUAUUA